GCAAAUGCGAUUAGGUUGCAUCCGGAGAAUGUGUGAAGAGCUGCCCCCGUCUGAAUAAGGAUGAACCGCUACAUCACGCUGACCCAGUUGGGCGAUGGAACCUACGGAACCGUGGUCCUGGGCCAGCGCAAGGACACCGGCGAGAAGGUGGCCAUAAAGCGCAUGAAGCGCAAGUACUACUCCUGGGAAGAGGCCAUGAAUCUGCGCGAGGUCAAGUCGCUGAAAAAACUGUCUCAUCCAAACAUCGUCAAGCUCAAGGAGGUGAUCCGGGAGAAUGACACUCUGUACUUUGUGUUCGAGUACAUGAAGGAGAACCUCUACCAAAUGAUCAAGGACCGGGACACACACCUUCCCGAGCCGGAGCUCAAAAGUAUUCUCUUUCAGGUUUUGACUGGCCUGGCAUUCAUGCACCGCCACGGGUUUUUUCACCGCGACCUGAAACCGGAGAACUUGCUCUGCUCCGGUCCGGAUCUCAUCAAGAUAGCCGACUUUGGUCUGGCCAGGGAGAUCCGAUCACGGCCUCCGUUCACGGACUACGUCUCGACGCGUUGGUACCGCGCACCUGAGGUACUCCUGCACUCCACCAACUACGGCAGCACCAUUGACCUCUGGGCCAUGGGCUGCAUCAUGGCCGAGCUCUACACCUUCCGCCCGCUCUUCCCGGGCAGCAGCGAGGUGGAUCAGCUCUUUAAGAUUUGCUCCGUGCUGGGCACGCCAGAGAAGGGCGAUUGGCCGGAUGGAUAUCGCCUGGCGAACAUGAUCCACUUCCGCUACCCGGACUGCAUCAAAGUGCCACUGAGCAGCGUCGUCAGUCGCUGCAGCCAAAACGGACUGGACCUGCUGGAGGACAUGCUGGCCUACGACCCCGACAAGCGUCCGACGGCCCAGCAGAGCCUCAAAUAUCCGUAUUUCCACGCCCUCAAGCGCAUCUCGCCCACGGCGGCCACCAAGGCGAAUGUGCGGCUCAGCUCCAAGUAUGCCGCGUCCAAUGGCCACCCGGCUCAGAAUGUCUCCAACAACGUGCUUCCGGUGCAGGAGAAGCUGCAGGCGGUCACGGAGUUGCUCCACCAGAGCAACAACAAUAUCAAUAGCCACUCCAAUCUUGGCAAGACCAACAACCUGGCGGCCAAAAACGGAGGAAUGGCCAGAAAGUACCAAACGAAGCUGAGCUUCCUGACCAGCCACGAGAUGGGUGCGGGCUCCCUGGCGGACUCCUCCAGCCUGGGAGGAGCCACGACGGACGGCGUACAGGUGCCACAGAUUCCGAACGGCAGCGAGUCCAUUAACGACAUCUACCUGAACCGCAACAUCUCGCAGCUCUUCGGACUGCCGGCUGGAUCGCAGCACCACCAGCAGGCGCACCACCCGAACGUCUCCUUCAGCACCACCACGUCCCGGAAUGCCGGCGCCAUCUACGUCAAUGGCAGCCAUCUCAGCUACGACACGGCCAACAUGAAUGCCAAGAACAAUGCCAAGCUCGUGGUGGGCGCACCCAAUGGUGGUUACUACGUGCCGGUGGCCAGGCCAUCACUCCUGGGCCCCGAUGCCAAAGUGUACAACGUGUUCUCCAAGGUCAGUGCCAGCCAGGCUCCUCCGAGCCUCAUUGUGCGCCAGCCGCAACUGCAGCCGGAUGCGGGACCACCGCCCUUGCGACUCUCUGGAAGAUCGCGAGCUGCGGCCCAGGACUCCAAGUUGGGGGCUCUGAAGUCCGACGAUCUGGAUCUAAUACUCGGCUCCAAGCUGAAAACCUCCGCCAAGCGUCAGCGCAAUGCCAAGGCCAACAUCCUGCUGGAGGAUCUGUUCGGACAGCUGUCCAUGGACUCGGAUAGCGACGGGAAGUAUCCGCACACGGUGCCACCCACGCAGCAGGCCAAGACCGGCAAGACGUCGACAUCGACGUCAACCGGUGGCACCCGGGAGCGGGAUCUCUUCGGGGAGAGCUUCCUGCCCAGGCCGGGAUUGCGGAAGAAGGCCACCCAGAGCAGCCUGGAGGUGAACAACGGCAGCCACGCGGACUCGCUAGCUCAAAACACUCAAAAGGAGAAACCCGCGGUGGCAGCCAGUUUCCCCUGGGAUGAGACCAACAAAACGGAGGACGAGAAGCUAACGGCUUGGAUGGUGGCCGAGAACGGUAACUUGGUUUUGGGUAGUCAUCAGCAAGCGUAGAAGUCGAGAGCACUAUACCCCAAUCCACAAUAAGUAGUCACUUAGCAAUCACCCAAUUGGAACUUGCAAAUGGAUCGCUGCUGGAGAAUAAGUUCUGAGGAGAUGACUUGCGAAAUGCCGUUGUACCUGAAACAGAAUGGAGUAAAUUAAAGUGCCUGUUGAUCUGCGUAUUUUCAAACUGAAUCCAAAUCCAAAUUACCAAGCCAUGGAGCCAUGGAAUCAACGGAUCGGCGUGUUGAGUUAGUCUAGUCUCGAUAUAAUGUUAUUGCUGUGAUACAAUUAAGCUAAUCUAUUGUGUAAAGUAGCCUACGAACUUGAGUCUCGAGUCUAAGUUGUACUUUAAGCUACUAUACGAUAAUAUA